GUCCCUCUACCCCACCAUGGCCGGCUACCGCCCUCCUCGCCCGGAGCCUCCGCCGGUCCGGCUGCCGGUCAAGCUCCCCGACCAGCUGCGCGGGGAGCAGUACGCCUUCGUCACGCUGCCCUACGCCGAGUUCCUCCCCGGCGGGGGCAUCACCGACGAGAAUGUCGGGUUCGGCUCCCUCUGCCCGCUCCCGGCCGCCGACCGCGCGCCCGCCGAAGACGCGAUGGUCCCCGGGCUGGUUGUGUUUUCGCGCCGCGCGCCCGCCAUCGCCGCGUGGCUGACGGGCGCCGACCCUCGCGGGAGGCGUCGAUCUCGCGUACGUGCCUCUGCCGAGGCAGACGCGCCCGACGGCUUCUGGCUCCUCAAAGACGUCGCCGCGGAGAAGCGCGCCGUCUUCUCGCCGCCCGCGUGA